GCUACUGAAGAGGCUAAAACUGAGGCAAAAGUGGAGGAGUCGGCAGCACCGGCGGCGGCUGAAGCAGUAGAAGGCGUCGUUGUUGAUGAUUACGAGGUGGUUGAUGAGGAGGCUAAAGCAAAAGAACGUGCCAAGGAGGAGGCAGAGGAGAAGAAGCGUGAAAAGGAACAUCAGGAACUGAUGGAAAAGCACAAAGCCCUGCUGGAGCGUCGCCGACAGGCAGGUGAAUUGAAUACGCAGUUUCAGACUAAGCUGGUUGAAUACUUUCGCCGCAAAAGGGCGGAUGCAGCCGAGCAGGCAGUAGGCGAGAGUGGCGGUGGUAGCAGCCUGGUUGACAACACGGUGGACUUCAAUCAACGCUACUCCAAGUACAUUGUCACGCUGGCCGAAACGCGCAAUCAAUUUUUGUCUAUGAAAGAUGUGCUGGACACGCAGAUUGCUGAACUGAAAGAGACGUCAAGAGUACGACAGAAUGAGGCGGCAACAUCUCACGAAAAGGUUAUCAAUUUCGUGGUAUCGCAUGCAAAAAAGGCGGUCAGUAACCGCACCGGCCGACCCUUGAAUAUAAAAGAAUAUGACUACUUUUUUAGCCUGCUAGCCAAAAAAGAAAAGCUGGUAACAGAUGUGCGUCUGGAAAGCAUUAAGGUACAAAAUGAAGUGAACAAAAUUGAUGCCAUCUUCAAGUCCCAGGAGGAUCUAGCUGACGGCCUCCACUUAAUCGACUUUGAACAACUCAAAAUUGAGAACCAGACUUACAAUGAGAAGAUUGAGGAACGUAAUGAGGAGAUAGGCAAGCUGCGACGCAAGAUCAACAAUACUGUGCAAAUAAUGACUCACAUUAAGGAAAAGCUACAGAGCUGUCUUGCUGACAACGCCAACCUUACGCAUGAACUCUCUCAGACAGACAAUGAUCUGAACGCCAAUCGAGAUAAACUGACGAAAAUUAAGCAGUCUCGUGACAGUCUGCGUGCUGUACACGCCAAACUCCAGCGAUCUUGCGGUUUACUGGGAAAACCGGAACUCCUCCGAAACUAUGAGAAUUGCAUGGACGCUGUUGCAGCAAAGCGUGAAAGACUGAAUGAGCUCAGACAAGAAACAAAUAAGUAUCUACAGCGGGCCGAAAAGUAUCGUGAGAAAAUAGAAGGUUUUCAGCAGAGUCCUCACACGCUAUGA